CCUUGUAAAUAAGUGUUUUGAAGUGUGCGUCAUGUUAGGUUAAUGUACGUACGUGUUUUACUCAAACAAAUUUUAAAACAAGUGUGUUAGGUAUAUAAAGUUCCGAGUUUUCCCUGUUAUACGAAAAAUUGAAUUGAAUUGAAUAUAAAACAGUACAGUAUGUCCGAAUCGGCGACGAUUGAAAGCCCUGCCAUUCCAACUCAAUCUUGCACCCGUGUUAUACUUCGAAGGGAAAGAAAUGGUGAAAAUAGCGAAGAUAAUGUAGUUCAGGAUCCACGACUGGACCAUAACGAUAAGGUCCUCACACAUGAACAGACUACUGAAUUACCAGAUUGUGUCUCGCGCUGUCAACGAGAGGUUGACGACCCAGAGGUUCUUGACCCAGACCAUCCUUUGAUGAAAGGCUUCCAGGCUGCCCUCAAAAACCACCUAGACCGGCAGUAUUCUCGCCUUUCUGAAGAUAUUCUUGAACUCAAAGCAGGAAUCAAGAAAAAGAGGUUGGAACAUGAAGAACUGGGGGUGGACCUUUAUGACAUCCAACAAAAUGUGAUGAAACAACAGGUUCUCAUUGGCAAGUACCAUGAGACAAUUGCGAACAUCGCCAAAAUUAGGCAGGAAAAGGAGGCUGAAGUAGAGACAUGCAGGAGCAUGUACAAGUCUGAGCAGCUGAAACUCAACAAUGCUCAAAAGAAAGAGGAGGAGUUGCGGGCAGAGAUGGAGAAUCUCAUGCGUUUGGAACAGCAGUUUGCAGACUGGGAGAAAGAAAUGAAGUCUGAGAUAUCUGUGUCAGAGAGAAUUUCUGAGAAGACUAAGGCUGAAGAAAGACAGCUCACCAAGGAGAUGCAGAAACAGGAUGUCUUCAUUCUGAAAUUGAUGACGGAGAUAGCAAAUCUGGAGGCAAGACUUGCCAUCCUUGAAGGACAAUUGAAACUGAAGGAAUCUGAGAGGAAUAAAGUUAGUCAGUCUAUAGCUGAUGCAAAUGCAGACCUGGAGGCACUAAGCAGAGAACAACAGCAGCUUCUGCAGUCUUGGAACAGUGUGUUCAUUAGCAUACAGCAACGUGACAGGGUGUACAUGAAUGUUAUGCAGGAUUACAGAAAAGUUCAGGAAGAAUUCCAAACACUGAACAAUGAAAUUGAAGGUUUAAAGAGAGCCUCAGCAGAUGAAAUGUUACAAAAUGAAAGGCUGACAAUAAUUCUAAAGAAGAAUCAGUCAGAGGAAGCAAAUCUGGAGCGUCUCAUUGCUCUGGGGAAGAAGAAGAAGGAAAAUCUAGAGAUUCAGUUAUCAGCUGUUCACAAGGUGCUGGAGCAGACAGAUAAGGAGAUGCAAGUUGUUAUGUUGGAUUAUCACAAGAACUCACAUGAGGAGAAGUUGCUCCAGAAGAGGGUGGAGAGGCUGUCCAAGGAGAAGCUAGCGCUGGAGGACUCUAUCCUGGAGAAGCUGCAGAAUCAGAUAACACAGGAUAAAGCAGCCAAAUGCUUGAAUAAGGUGCUUCAGGGCCUCCGAAACAAGACUAGGGAUCAGGAAAUCACGAUGGUGAAUACGGAGAACCAACUCACACAGGCAAGACUGGAUGUUGAACAUCAGAAAGGAAUGAACGAGCAGACAAGUAUUCUGUUGGAGGAGCUGAAGAAGCAGGUAGAAUCAAAGGAAAAUGAUCUCCAGAGCAUGGAGAGUGACUUGCGCCAUAGCAUGCUUGAAGCACACAAGAAGCAGGGAGCUCUGGACAGCUUGCAGAAAAAACUGGAGGAACUGACUUCAAAGUCAGGAGUAGAAGACCUAAGCCCUCAAGAGAUGAAGAUCAGGGACCUAGAAAGGAACAUCACAGAAACAGCAGAAAAAUCUGAGGAGCUGCAGCAGUUCUGGUUGCGGCAGCAGGCUCACACAGUGCAACUUGCAAACCAGAGGAAUGAGCAACUCCGUAACAUAAAUCUCAUUCGCAAGCAGGUGUUAAUUCUGGAUCAGAAGAACUUGAAAAUUGAGCAUGAGAUUGAGAGCCACAACAAAGAGGAGAAGGCAAUUAGCCGUUCAAUUGCCUCACUCUGUAAUAAACUGUUAUCACUGAACUUGAAACUCUGUGAGAAGAAGGAUUAUAAGGGAACCUUGGACAAAGAGAAUCUGUCUAUGCAGAACCAUUACAUGAACAUUCUCAAGGAUGCGGAGUUAGAAGCUGUAUUGCUGCAAUCAGAGAUUCGAGAUCUGGAGCAAGAAAAGGUUCAACUAGGGGAGUCACUAUUAGAAAAGCAACGAGAAUUGUUGGCUUGGGAGAAGAAGUUGCAGAUGGCACAAGAAACCAAGCAGAUAACACAGCAUGAGAGGAGGAAAGAGGGUGAUGUUGGGGCCAUGAAAGCUGAAAUCCAUCGCAUGGAGGUUAGGUAUUCCCAGCUGCGCAAAGCUCAAGAAAAGCUGAUUGGAGAUCUUGAAAACUGCGUUUCAAAGCGUGACACAAUUGUUGACCAGGCAGAAACUCGGAAAUCCCAUAAGGGCAGUCACAACACUCAACAUAGCUUUCAGAAGAAACUGGAGGAUAUCCGAAACAGGGUCAAACAAGUGAAUAGUGAAAUAAAGUCAGUCGAACACCAGAUCCAAGAUGUACAGCAGCAACAUGACCAGUUGAUUGAGCAGAUACAGGACAAGAAGAAUCAGAUGCAGCAACUGCAGGAUGUUAUCAAAGAAUUAGACGUAAAGCUUGAAGAAGGGAAACUGCAACACCAAAAGAACUUGGAAGUACUUGUUCGACGACAACGUAAAGCCAGGAUGUACAACGAUGUGAAAUGUGGACGUCACCGCCUGCUCUUCCGCAGUGAGAGUCCUUUGGAUACGGAGAUGCUGCGCCAGAAGGCAAUAAAUGGUGAUCUCAUCUCUGUGCUGGAAUCCCUGCUUAUGGACUUCCCUACACUCAAAUUCCCUCUUACCAAGAUUCUGAACACCCUUCAACUAAAACCAGCUUGAUUCAUGCAUUUUCCUACACAAUAAA